GCGCCUCUGUUGCUCAGUCUAUUCAACGCUUUCUGCUAGACACAGUCAAUCUGGGAAUAUUUUCAAUUCUGAAUACAGCAAGCGUCCGUAGAUUACAAACGUCACCAUAUUUCACUUAACACAUACAUACAUUUAUAUCUACUAUAUCUGCUGAAGAGAUGGCGAAUUCUGUACCAAACGAACCUCCACCUCCUUACUCUGCCACGCCUCCGCCUAUAGGAUUCCAGUCCCCAGAUCCUCCUCCAACGGUAAGGGUCGAAGUCCAACAGGAGGGAGGAUAUCCUACAGGUCAGCAGCAGUAUCCUGCUGCGUAUCCUUACGCCCCUGGUAAACCCGUGCCCCCUGGGUCAACGCCUGUGGUAAUGACGCAGCCACAGGUCGUCAAUCAUGCUGUUGUGAUACUCCCACCGGGCACCUGUCCUAGUUGUAGGGCCGGGAUCCUUCAAAGCGAAUAUUCCAUGUGCGGGAUCUGCUUGGCCAUCCUCUGCUUUCCCAUCGGCGUCCUAUGCUGCGUCCUUAUGAUGGAAAGGAGGUGCUCCAACUGCCACAUGUCUUUCGACUCCAUCUGAUUCCUGACGGCGCAUGCGUCGGAGGAGUCUUCGUCUUCAACUGCGCCUGUUAUUAUUAGUUUAAGUCAGUCUUCGUCCUACCAUAAGAUUAAGAAUGUAUCUCUCUCUCUCUCUCUCUCUCUCUCUCUCUCUCUCUCUCUCAAGCGUGUCACUCUUGUAUACACUCUGAAGAGUAAUUUUACGCCAGAAAUCUGGGGAGGUUUUAUACAUACAUGCAUACAUAAAUAGCUCUAUACCUUUCACAUUUUGAUAAUUUUCUUGCUGUAGAUGAAACUCCUAUAUACCUUGAUGAUAUUGCAAACUGGAAUUGUGGAUUCGUAAUACCUCGUACCGAUUUAUAGUUGUCUCCUUGGGACUUUUUAUCUUUGACAAUUUAGUAUUUAUGUGAGUCUAAUUAUUUAUUCAUGACCCUGACUUUUCUAAUAGUCUAGCAAGAAACCAGCACAUUAACAAUCGAAAUAAUAGUAUAUUGAUAACAGGCAUCUACAUAAAAACUAAUAUCUUGGACGCGAAGAUAGUCUGCGAGAAAAAAAACCAUAGUUUCUCUAGACGCAACAUCGACAACUCACGCCAGUGUUUUUCCCUAUAGGACAUUAUCUAUCUACAAAAAAGAAAAACAUGUAUGUCAUCAACAAUUAUAAACAUUUAUCACUAUUCACUAAGUUAUUGAUUUAUGUAAUUAUGAAUAUAUAUGUAUAUAUACAUACUUCAGUAUUAUAGUCAGAAAUGCUGACCAAAUAUUAGUCAUUUGUUACUGCAUCUCAAUAAAAGUUAAGAUCCCC